GUAAAGGAAAGAAACCAAACAAGUACUUUAAAAAAGGAUCAUCUCUAUACCCAACCUUCUUUUUCCAGGCGGCCGCUCUCUCUCUCUCGCUCCCCAAUUACUUCGACCAACCUUCCCCUCCUCUUCGCCCCUCGCUUCCAUCACUUCUUCUCUACAACAGGUGAGGUUUUGGAUCCGGUCUGCGUCAAAGCUCAGAUUUUUGACAAGGGGGCAUGGAUCAGCAGCCCGGCCACCCUGUCCCACCGAUGAUCGGCGUCCCCCCCGGGGUCCCGUAUCAGGCCUAUCAGAACCUCUACCACCAGCAGCAGCAGCAGCAACUCCAGAUGUUCUGGGCUGACCAGUACCGCGAGAUCGAGCAGACCACCGACUUCCGCAACCACAGCCUGCCGCUCGCUCGGAUCAAGAAGAUCAUGAAGGCUGAUGAGGACGUGCGCAUGAUCGCCGCCGAGGCCCCCGUGGUCUUCGCUCGGGCCUGCGAGAUGUUUAUCCUGGAGCUCACGCACCGGUCGUGGGCCCACGCCGAGGAGAACAAGCGCCGGACUCUGCAGAAGAACGACAUAGCGGCGGCCAUCAGCCGCACUGACGUGUUCGACUUCCUCAUUGAUAUUGUGCCGAGGGAGGAGGGGAAGGAAGACGUUGCCCACGCCCUCGGAGGCCCACCUGUCGACCCUCUCUCCUACUACUAUGUCCCCAAAUAGCAGCGGUGCGAGUCUUUGAGCAAUUCUCAUAUGCUCUCAUUUGCAUAAAUGCAUUAGCAUGACUAUAGACUUAUGAUGCUGAACUCGGUAUGCUGUGUUUAAUGCUGAUGGAAGAACCUAAUAGUGAGUAGAAUUUGCUUGCCAUGGCUGGUGAUGUGUUCGUGUUGGUGAGUUUCUGCUGUACAACUGUGUCCCAUCCAAUUGCAUUUAUGUUUAAUGACAAGCUUAUGUUAUCUGA